CCCCAUUGACACCGAAGAUCAUCAUGUUGUAUGGAAUAGCUAAUGCGCCGGUAGCGAAGAUGAGUGCGUCAGGUCCGUCCGAGGCGGAUAGCCCCGAGGCGGACGCCGCCAUCGGUGAGGCCCUGACCAAAAUCUACCAAAGGCAGAAGGAGGAGGGCACGGUGACGGGCCCUAUCAUCGUCGCAGACGGGCAGGGCGGCAUCACGCACACCGACACGCAAAGCACCGAAUGCAUCUACCUCCCAAGGGUGGGCAUCCAGUGGCAAUGCCAUGCAUUGAGGCCAGUGCGCUUGGAAUCACGCCUCUCUGUUGUGUUGUUGCUGGUGCAGGACCUGUUGCUGCUCAACAUCAAGCGGCUGGUGCAGACGACGCUCGAUGAUCCAUCCAGACACCUGUAGGCAAAGAGAGACACCUGACGUUUCCCUCUUUCCAUCUCUCUCUUGGAAUGUGUGAGUGCGUGUGUGCGUGUGUGCGUGUCAGGUAUAUGUUGCUGUUUAUGGAGGGCCUGAAGGCGGCGAGGCAGGACGAGUCCAAACCCACACUCUUCCAGCGAUACCUAUUCAGCCUCGGUACGUACGCACGGCCUCACACAUGUACAGCGCACACAGCCUUUGUGUGCCAUUUGUGUGUGCGGGUUGGUUUGUGUGCAGAGGAGUGCAUGUGUUGGAUGGCUGACCUCGACUACGGCGCUGAGAAGGAGUCGGCGAGGUGUCUCGUGACCGACAGCAUGAUACAGAGCGACGCACUGCGGCUCAUCUAUUACGCAUUCCUGGACGACAGUAGGCUUGCACAACACAAACAGACACACAAAUGGAUGGAAGCGGAAGCACAUGUGGUGCUGAUUGUGGAUGGACGCAUGUCAUGUCAUGUGUGCAGCCGAGUCUGAUCGUCAGGUGUCGUGCGCGCUGAUCCUUCAGGCGCUGCAGCAGGUCAACUUCACAUCGCUCACACGUAAGCAACAAACGUGGCACAGAGUUCUGGGCAGAAUGGUCAUACGGUGCCUUGUGCUGUGCCCAAUCAGCGCACUUACUGCAGAUUACAGGAGGUCGGGAGCAGUUCUAUGCCGACAUCUCCCGUGUAGCCAUCAACGCCCGCACCAACACCGUCAUGGUGCGGCCGCCGACCGACACAGCGCGCCUCCCGCCCCCAUUCAUUCAUUUAGGACGACUGUGUGUCUGUGUGGGUCAGGUGAACCCAUCGACAGGCGCCAAUGUGCGGCGUGUGUGUGAGUUUGUGAAUCGGGCGGCCUACACGCUGCUGACGGCCAUCAUGCUGGCGGAGGAGUCCAUGGCCGACGGCACCGCUGCGGCCGUCUUCCACGAGGACAUUCGCAACGAACUCGUUCAGCAAGGAGAAAUGCUCUCACACGCUGAGGUGGCUGACAUGGAUGGAUGGACGGAUGGACGGAUGGAUGGAUGGACGGAUGCAGUCUCCGGUCCAUGGCAUGCAUGGAUGUCUCUUUGUGUGGACGGGCGUGUGUGUCAGAGGCUUCUGGGAGGUGUUGACGUGUCGCGCAACGCGGCCAUGAACUUCUUGCGUGUGUUGCACGGCGAGAACAUCCCGAACGUGAAGCCCCUGCCGAUGGCCGCGGUCCUGCGGCUGACCAAGCCCCUCAUCGACACCGUCCUCGACUUCACCGAGAAGAGGAAAUCGACCGUAGAAUGGCUGUACGCCCACGCACACAUAUGUCAAGACACACACGGGCGGGAGAGAGACAGACACAUGGUGUGUGGUUGAUGUGUGUCUGGACUGUUAUCCAGGUCGUUCAGCCGCACGUUUGACGUUCACUCCUGGGCCGUGAGAACCAUCGAUGAAAACUUCAAAAUAAGUAGGUUGCAGGGGGGCAGGAAAAGCUCACGGAUGGAUGGAUGGAUGGGUCAACUUAUGCCGUGUCGCGUCUCUUGUCUUCUGUAGAGCCGUUGGAUGAGUUUGUGGCCGAGUACACGGCAGCGCUGGAAGAGCACGUGUACCCCCAUGUGGGCAGGCUGGCUGGCGUCCUCGCCUCAGACACGGCCGACGGCAACCUCAAGUGGUCCGCAACUAUGCUCCAGGGCAUCUGCCACUCAUACCAACUCGACCGUGAGUAAAGGCCAGACCAGAAGAGACCAGCGGGAAAGCACACCCGUGUUGUGUCGGUGGGUGGUGUGUGCAGUGUGCACACGUCAGAAGGUGGAGACGCCAGGAGCAGCAGCUCGCGCUCGGCUGAAGCGCAUGGCAGACAACAGCAAGGCUCUCAAGGCCUUAGCAUCCUCACUCAAGGUAAAUAGAUGCAAAGACGCAGCAACACGCCCAGCCCACAUCAAACCAAACGAGUGUCACCUCACCCGUGCAUCUGCAGCUGCGAGGCCCCACAGGUCCGCCCUGGUUUCCCAUCCACGGCGGAGCACUUGACGCCCUAGUUCCCAACUACACCACCCACCUGAUCGCAGCAUCCACCAUACUCGUCAUACGUACAAGGCAACACACCCACACACAAUCCGUCCAGACGGUGAGCAUGUCUGUCGUCGAUGCAAUGCAAUGCAGACGGGCCAGAUGCGGACCCGGCCAUUCAGCAAGCGUUCCUGUCUGCCGUGCUGACCAUCAUACGGGACGGGCGGCUGGACGGCCUCACAGGUGAGCCUCAGGUGCACCUGCGGCUGCUGGAGAUCAUUCCCACACUCAUCAAGGGCAACGAACGGGUAACAUACACACAUACACAAACACACACUGGAUGCGGGAUAGGGAGGAGGCUUUGGUGGUUGGUUCACUCACUCGGUUGUGGUGUCAGUAUGCGGUUCGUGAGGGUGUAGUGGAGGUGCUAUGCAACCUGCUACUGAAGCAGCACAUACCCACAGAUACGAUAUGCGACCUCCUCGACUCACUCGUCAGGUACGUGAAGGGGCGCCUGCACAUGCCAAGGCACAUGCCGACACGUCACGCAUGGCGGUUCCAAGGCUGGUGGCCUUUGGUUAUGUGUGUCCUGUUGCCCCAGCUACGGCAACCAGGUUUCUGAACAGCGCGGGGGCAACAACGCCGUCAUCCGACAAAUCCUACAGGUCCAGAAAGAAAUGAAGGAGAUCUCUCCCUCUCUGCGGGUGUGGUGUGUUGAAAUGGAGUGCAUGAUUUUCUGCAGAUGGGUGCGGUCAAGCGGAUGCGUCAGCCGGGCAAGAGGGGCAAGGCAGGCGCGCAGCUCAACGCUCCAAAAAGGGUGAGCUCACCCCAGCCCACCACACGCAUACCCCACCCCGUCAGGAACCAUCAUUCCCACUCGUGUGUGGUGUGCAUGUUAUGUCAUGCAGGUGAUGGAUUUCUUUGCCAAGAUCGAGGCAGAGGAGAACGACAGGACCGAUCGCAUCAUUGAGAAGACAGGGCUGCUCGACAACCAUCGCACCACCAGUGGCAACGGCGAUAGCGCCGCAAGCCCCGCACGCAGUGACGACUCCGAACCGCCUGCCGCCAAGCGGAAGGGCGGCAAGGGCAAGGGCGGCAACGGGGGCGGGCCUCGCAUCUCACCCCCACCUGCCGCUACUAUGGUUACGGAGAAGACCCCAUCAGUGGCGACUGAGUGAGAACGAGAGAAUGCUCUGCUGACGGCUGAUCGCCUUGACAUAUCAUGAUUCCAUUGCAGGUGCCGUGGGAAUGAGGAGGGAGCGGAGGAUGCUGGCCGCACUCGGAAGCCUCCUGUGGACAUUCCGCCUCAGUGCGCAAUUUCGAGCAGCGAAAUCAUUCGUUUAUCGGUCGUGUCUCCUGUGAUUGAUCUCAGGAAGGUGUCUCUGUUGGGUGUGGCGCCAGCUGAUGGUCCCAAAGUAGAUAGAGGGGUGCCCCCGCCCUCCCGUCCAUACGCGGCAGCCACCAUGCGGCGCGCGCAGUUCCCGCUGACAGCAGCAAAAGGGUGGGCCACAUCAAAAACAUGGGUGAGACCAACCAUCGACUGCGUGGAUACGUGCAGGGGUCCGGAGGGGUCUGAUGGGGUGGAGCGUUUGAAUGCGGCCCAUCCUACUGGGGGUGAUGGUGGUGCUGCGGGCGGUAGUAUUGUCGAAGACAGGUACACACACGACAGAAAUCCGCGAUGUGCGUGAGUAUAUGGUGUCCAUCUUGUGUGUAUGUGCAGGGAGCUGCAGGAUGAGAGUGACGUAGACGUGUUGAGGCAGCGACUUAGGGAGAAGGAGGCGGAAGCCCUCAGGUGGCGCACCCAUCCACUCGCACACAGCACAUGUGCUGCAUAGAUGUCUGUCUCUAUCAAUCCCUGUUGUCUGCCCAGGCUGGCUGCCAGACUGCAGGAGUUGAAGGAAGACAACCACGACGCAUCGGCCUCCAAGUCAGAUUAGCGAGCAAUACAAUACAAUACAUGGCACAACGACACCCGCACCUGCGGCUGCUUGUGUCGAUGUUUGUAUGCAUGUAGGCUUGCGGCUGAGUUGUCGUGUCUGAGUACUGUGGACGAGGUGACGGUCUUUUCCCAGCGGCUCAUCCAGCGCCAGAUGGUGCUCUCGGAGAGCGUAGCGCGGCUGCAGAGCCUCGCCAUUCAGACGCAGAGGCGACUGGCGGAGGUGCGCAACGCCCGCCAGUAGCAAUAGCUACAAUGCAGACUGAGGAUCGAAAGGAGAGUUGCAUCACGGAGGAAGGUGGGGCGUCCUGGCCUUUUGGCAAGCUGUUGGCGUGUAGUGAGACAUGUAUGUACAUGAUGCCAUGGCUGAGAGACAGAGAAACACAUUCCUUUGCUUUCUCAAUUCAAUUGACGAGCGUG